AUGGAAAGUAAGGACUCCAACGAAAGUGACAAUAGUAGUGAGGAAGAUCAAAGUGAAGUAAAGCAGAAAUAUCAGUCUAAUUCUGUAGGAUGCUGUUACAAUUUUUCAAGUGAAGUAUUAAAGUUGAGUGUAAUAUCAUACUAUUUUUGGACUUCCGUUUGCUAUAUGAUUGGAUCAAUAACAUUUAUAAGUGGAUAUACAAAUUUUUCUUUACGCAUACAUGAACAAAUUGUGUGUGCAGCUUCAUCUAAUGUGUAUGUAUUUUCUGCUUUGUGGUUAAUCAUUGGUAUUAUACUUGUAACUACUUGUAUAUGUUAUGCCAUGGUUGUGGAUGGAGAAAAUAAUCAAAUAAAUGCAGAAAAUAAUUCUCCUUUAUUUAUAAACAUGUUGGGAAUUCUUUGUAAAACCAUUCCUACAAUUGUGCGAGUUAUUCAUAUUUUUAAUCUAUUUCAGCUGUACAUAAUAACACUCGACAUAAUGAUUUUGCCUGAGUGUAAUUCUUUUGCUGUUCGAUUUAUUUUGUUUAUUAUUCAUAUUUUAUGGUGGACUAUUGUAAUUUUUGGAAUUAUUUCCAGAAGGAAAACAUUCCUCCCCCCUUAUUUAUACAAACCAGUGACGAACGAUGUGGGUUAUAUUGUUCACGUGAAUAACAUGUUACAUUCUUUUGGAUUAUAA